ACUCUCCGUGUGCGCUGCGCUGCGCUUCCGCUGCUCUAGGGUUUUACCUCCUGCUGCCGUUGGGGUUUGGCGGCGAGCAAUCCACGGGGUGGAUGGCGUCGGUGCAGUUCUCCGGCGCUGCGGUUGGUGCGGUGGCUUUUGCUAGGAAGGGGCCGGCUCACGGGCUCUGCCUCCCGGCACCGGCGGCAGCCGUCGGGGUGCUCCGCCAGGCGCGGCGGCCGUCCCGCGGCCUCUUCGUCAGGGCCGCCACCGUCGUCGCCCCGAAGUAUACAACGCUUAAGCCCUUGGCUGAUAGAGUGCUUAUAAAGAUCAAGUCUGCUGAGCAGAAGACAACUGGUGGAAUUUUGCUUCCUUCGGCUGUUCAAUCUAAACCUCAAGGGGGUGAAGUAGUUGCCAUUGGAGAGGGACGGACCGUUGGGGAUAACAAAGUGGAAGUCAGCAUUCAGGUUGGAGCCCAAGUUGUAUAUUCAAAAUAUGCUGGAACAGAGGUGGAGUUGAAUGAUUCCAACCAUCUGAUUCUUAAAGAGGAUGACAUCAUAGGUAUUCUGGAGACUGAUGAUGCAAAGGACAUGAAGCCGCUUAGUGACCAUGUUCUUAUCAAGGUAGCUGAAGCUGAAGAUAAAACUCCUGGUGGUCUGUUGCUGACUGAAACAACAAAGGAGAAGCCAUCUAUUGGAACGGUCGUGGCUGUUGGCCCUGGUCCUCUGGAUGAGGAAGGCAAGAGGAUCCCAUUGUCGGUCUCUGCAGGCAGCACAGUUCUAUAUUCCAAAUAUGCUGGCAGCGAGUUCAAGGGUGCUGAUGGCACGACCUACAUUGUGUUGCGGGUGUCAGAUCUAAUGGCUAUCCUCUCCUAAUUACCAGACUUACCAAAGUGAUUAUCCGUAGUCUCCCAUGCGCUCGAGGAAGAGCCUUGUGCGUCGGGUCACGGAGCGCCUGUGCUGCUAGUGGAGACAGAGCGGCGAAGCUACACGGAGUGCCGGAGGUGGUGGCGGAGAGGAGCGUCGGGGCAGGACGGAGACCGUCCUCGGCUGAGAGGAGCGUCGGGUGAGGGUUUUGGCAAAAAGGUGAGGAGACAGCGAAAAUUCAAAUGGCAUGUAGAACAUUGAAUGUUAACUGCAAUCGGAAUGUUGGGUUACGCGGUGGUCAAAAUUCAAAUGUUGAUAUCGAAUCGAAAAAUCGACGAUGUUCGUGUAAAAAAAAGAAAUCAACGUCUCUUUGAGGGCAUAAACCAGAAUUAAUAAGACGAUGGUCAAAAGGUUAACACAUAAACCUAAAAAA